AUGUUGGUUAAAUUUUUCAUAUCAUUUUGUUUCAUAUAUUCUUGUUUAUCAAGCCCGGUGCUCAACGCUAGAUCAAAUAAUAUCACCGAAGUGUCAUCUUCAUCAGCAUCCAAUAUUGAAGCAUCUUCUAACGGUAAGCUAUUUUCACCGAAAGUUUUCAUAGUCUCCUUAUUUGAAUUAGAAAGAGAUCCAUGGUUAAAAAGUUAUAAUUUCACAAAUAACGUUACAAUUCCCGGAUUAUCACCUGUUUACCCUCUGAUUCAUUGUGAUUCAAACUAUACAAUUUGUCAAGUUACUUUAGGAGAAGGCGAAAUUAAUGCUGCAAUUUCCAUUACUUCAUUAACUUUAAAUCCAAUUUUUGAUUUAAGUUCUACUUAUUUCAUAGUUGCAGGUAUUGCAGGUGGUGUACCAGAAUAUACUACAUUAGGAUCAGUUACAAUUUCAAAAUAUGCUGUUCAAGUUGGUUUAGAAUAUCAAUUUGCUUAUGAAGAUUAUCAUAAUGUUAAACCAAAUUGGAAAUCCGGAUAUAUUCCAUAUGGAACAACAAAUCAAACCACAUAUCCAAAUACUGUUUAUGGUUCUGAAGUAUUUGAAUUAAAUGAAAAAUUAAGAGAUCAAGCUUUUAAAUUAGCCUCAAAAGUUAAAUUAAAUAAUGGUAAUGAAUUAAAUAAAAAGUUUAGAAAAUUAUACAAUGAAACAGCAGCUAGAUCAAAUCCAAAAGUUGUAAAAUGUGAUGUUUUAACAAGUGAUAAUUAUUUUACAGGUCCAGUUUUAAAUGAUUAUUUUAAUUCUUUUACAAAUUUAUUAACUAAUGGAUCUGCUAAAUAUUGUGCUACUGCUCAAGAAGAUAAUGCAAUUUUAGAAACUUUCACAAGAUUAGAUAAAUAUGAAAUUGUAGAUUAUGAAAGAGUUAUUGUGAUGAGAUCAAUAUCAGAUUUUUCAACAAAUCCACCAAGUAUGAAUGCUGUUGAUUAUUUUUUUAAUAGAAAAGAUGGUGGUAUUCAAGCAAGUUUAGAUAAUUUAGUAAUAGCUGGUAAACCAAUUAUAACUGAUAUCGUUAAAAAUUGGGAUAAACAAUACAAAAAUAAUAAAUAUUCAGCAGAUAAUUAUGUUGGUGAUAUAUUUGGCACAGUAGGUGGUAAACCAGAUUUUGGUAAAGAUUCAUUUGAAAUAGCAUAA